CUCAACAGCUCAGCGUAGCUUCCAUUUUCCUGAAUUUGUAAAAACAUGGCCGAAGGUGAUUCGAAGAAAUUAGCCGAUUUAAGAGUUGUAGAUCUUAAAGUCGAGCUUGAGAAACGAGAGAUUGACACGUCUGGUGUUAAAGCUGUAUUAGUCAAGAAACUUCAUAAAGCUUUGGUUGAUGAAGGGCAUGAUCCUGACACCUAUGUUUUUCAGAUAGAUAAAGGUCCAUCUACUCCUCAGAAAAGUGCCAAAAAAAAAGAAGUGGAAGAUGAACAAGACAAUGAAAAAGAUGAAAAGUCUAAUGAAAAAGCAGAUGCUUCUUCCACCAAAGAGGAAGCAUCGAACAAUGACAAGGAAUCAGAAGUCUGUGAAAAUCUUGUCAAAGAGAAUCUGUCUUCAGAAGAAGAAAAGAAAUCUGAAGAACCAGCUAAAGAAUCAAGUGAGAAGGAAGAAAAGACAGUAGAAUCUUUAAAAGAAGGUUCAGAAGCCAUAAAACAGGAAGAAAAAGAACCAGCAACUGAGGAAACUAAAACUGUUGAGGAGAAACUAUCAAAAGAAGAGGAAAAGAAAGAUGAAUCAAAAGUAGAGGAAAAAAAGGAAGAUUCAAAAGAUGAGGUAAAGAAAGAAGAAAAGGUUGAAGAAACUAAACUACAACUUGAGGAGACUAUGGAAACUGAAACAGAGAAGCCAGAUGAAAGUGAAAUAAAAAUGGAGGUUAGUGAAGCAAAAGAAGAAAAGCCUGAGGCCAAUGAAAAAGAAGCUGAAGAAGAAAUUGAAAAAGAUACAAGCAAAGAUGAAGAUAUUUAUAAAGAAGAAGAGGAAGAAGAACCCAAAGAUUAUGAAGAAGGAGAAGAAAUUGAAGAAGGGGAGGAAGUAGAGCAUCAUGACGAAGAUUCAAAAGCUGCUGAUGAAAAAAAUGAUAAUGAUAUGAAUGGUCUUGACAAUGAAGAUUCUAUCAACUUGACUUUAGGAGAGGAAGACGAAAAACUGAUGGCUGGUGAAGUAGAUCUUUUGACAAAAGAUGGGAAAGCCCAGAUAAAGCUGCUGAUGAGAAAGACAAAAAGAGCAAUCACAGGAAUCUGUGGGUCAGUGGUCUUUCUUCUAUCACCCGUGCUACUGAUCUCAAACAUGUUUUCUCUAAACAUGGAAAGGUGGUCGCUGCUAAAGUUGUUACAAAUGCUAAAACUCCUGGUGCCAGAUGUUAUGGUUUUGUGACAAUGGCAACGAUUGAAGAUGCACAAAAAUGUAUCACGGGCUUGAAUUUAACUGAACUUCAUGGACGACUUAUCUCAGUUGAAGCCGUAGCUAAUCGUCCUACACCUGGGGCUAAGAAGCCUGUUGAAGAUCGUAAGAAAAUUGAUGAAAGGAAGAGGUUAGAUGAAAAAAAGAAGGCUGAAGAACGGAGGAGAGCAGAGGAUAAAAGAAGAGCUGAGGAGAAAAGGAAAAUAGAACUAUCACCAAGAAGAAAUGAAGAAAAAAGAAGAAAGCGUUCCGAUUCAGAAACAUUAGUACCACCAGGAACAGAGGAUAUGGCCGAUGAAAAUGGUGAUGCUAAUGACCCAGAUAAGGUUGCUUCUGUCGAAGAAGGUUCAGAAGCUGGAGGAGGCGUUGAAUCAAUAAGAGCUGAAUCUGACCACAGAUCUCGAUCUUCGAGGGAGAAGUCUCGAGAAAGGAGGAGGUCUUCGUCGCCUAGAAGAGCUCAUCCCUCCCAUAGAGUUCUUUCCUUUUCUCAAAUAAAAGAGGAACGAGAUCGUGCUAGAGCUACAGAAAGGGCAAGGGCAGCAAGAGAAGAAGAAAGAAGAAGGCGCGAAAGGCACAGGGCCAUCGAAAGGAAGCAGAGAGAUGAGGCCAUGAGACUGGAAAGAGAAAGGGAAAAAAUACGUAUAGAGAGAGAGCGACUAGAGCGAGAAAGAGCUGAACUUCUAAGACUUGAGAGGGAGAGAUUAGAAAGAGAGAAAGAAGAUUUAAAACGUCAACAGCUUAAGUUAGAAGAAGCAAGGCGAAAUAAGAGAACACUUAGUAGUUCAAGAGAUGGCUAUGAUGAUAGGAAGAGAGUAGCUACUGAAUCAGCGAGGAGAUAUGAAGCUGUCCAUAUGUCUCCCCCGCGAGGUGAUUACAAGAAAGACUCACGACGUGAAGCUUUAUCUCCUGGGCGUGGCAGGUAUGAAGAUGCUUCACGUUCAUCGAGACGUGAUGAACCCACUCGUGUUAAAGACAGGAGUUACUCAGAGCGAGCUGCAGCUGCAGGAAGUUCUGCAACAUUCAGGACAAGAGACGACAGAGAUAGGCGAGAAGAAGGUGGUCACAGGCUUAAAUCUGAUUCCAGCAGGGGUUCACAUCGUGAAGCUCCUGGCUCUAAAGCUGACAGGUAUGCCAAUGACGGUUGGGGUACAGGUGUAAGCAAAGGCUUCAGCUCUGUAUCAGGAGGAAGUGCUCGUGAUUCCUGGAGUAUGUCCCAAGAGAGGAAGCCAGAAAUGUCUCCUUGGGCUCGCCCUCCGACACAGUCUGAACGAUGGGUAUCAAACAGUUCGAUGAUGGUGUCAGGGCGAAGCGGUCCAGGACAUCUCUACCCUCCUGGCAUGGCUCCUAUGCCCUCAUCGAUGGGAAUACCAAUGGGCUCUGGCUACCAGCAAGGAGAUAGAUUUGAUGCAUACAAGCCUAUGGGUUCUGCUCCUAGGAAGUAUUAACUUAAGGAAACGUUUAUAUGUUUUACAAAAGUUUGUAACUCAAUAGACAGUUAUGUUUUGUUUUGUUUUCAUUUCUUUUAUAUUUGAAAUGAUUAUAAAAGAUCCAGACAGUCCUAGCAUAUUUUUUAUUUGAUGUGUAUAUUCUGUUUUAUUUUAGUGUAUAUUAGAUGUAUUUUUAUAAUACCUAAUAAAGUUUAUCUCGAAGUUUUAUUCUUUAUGAAAUUGUAUAUUGUUUUGACUCAUUUUUUGACAUUGUCAUGUCAUAUUGUUCUUUAAAAUCGAUGUUUUUAAAUUUAAACAUUAUGAAUUUAAAUUUUUUUUAAUACGUGAAUUUUUUUUUUUUUUUGACUUGUAAAUAUUUCUAUAUCAAUUUUUUCUUUUGAUAUUUAUCGGAGUCUAAACUUGUUCUUAAUCUUCAUCAUACAUUCCUCUCAAAAUAAUUUCUGUUUUAAGUAUCUAAUUUUUAAGAACAAUAAAAGGGACAACAUAAUAUAAUUUAUGUAUAAGAAACAUUGAUUUAGUAUUGGAAUGAUUGAUGUAUGCCAUUAUAUGUAAAUCAUAAUUUUUUUUAUCUUCAAGUUUUGACUUAUUUAUUCUGUAUUGUAAAAAGAAGAUAUUUUCAAAGCAUCAAAUUUCCUUUCUCUGUUGUUGAGAUUGAUUUGUAAUUAAUUCUUCAGUUAUAUGUAGAUAAUAAUUACUUAGUUUACUACACGUUACCAUAAGUGGUAUUGUUUAUUUGUAUUAUAAUAAAAUAUAUUAUUGUGUACUAAAAUCUUGUAAGCAUUUCCAGAAGUCAAAUUUGUAAAUUAAACUCAGAUGUUUUACGUAAUGUUUAAGGCUCUCUCAUGAUUAUGAAGUUCAAACAUAAGCCAUAUAACCAUAAUAUAAUUAAGGCUUCUUUUUUUAGCUGGUUUAGUGCAUAUUUUAUGUAUAAAGAAUAUAAUAAACUCCUCUUACUUUU